CAGCGAGGCAGCGCGCAGGCGCCGGAGGCCCGCGGAGAGGCGCGCGCACGCACGCUUCCUUGCCGCUGCCGCCGCGGGCCCCACGCGCGCUUGCGCAGUGAGCGGCGCGGCCUGGCGGGUGUGGGCGGUGGCCGAGGCGGCUGGGGUCCGAGCGGGCGGCUGUGGGCAGCUGGGCGGCCUGGGUCCGUGGGGACCGGGCCUCGGCGCGAUGAUGAUGAUGGCUCUGAGCAAGACGUUCGGCCAGAAGCCGGUGAAGUUCCAGCUGGAGGAGGACGGGGAGUUCUACAUGAUCGGGUCCGAGGUGGGGAACUACCUGCGCAUGUUCCGGGGGUCCCUGUACAAGAGGUACCCCUCCCUGUGGAGGCGCCUCGCCACGGUGGAGGAGAGGAAGAAAAUUGUGGCGUCGUCACAUGAUCACGGCUACACCACUCUGGCCACCAGCGUGACCCUGUUAAAAGCCUCUGAGGUCGAGGAGAUAUUAGACGGGAAUGACGAGAAGUACAAGGCCGUGUCCAUCAGCACAGAACCUCCCACCUAUCUCAGAGAACAGAAGGCCAAGAGGAACAACCAGUGGGUGCCGACGUUGCCAAACAGCUCCCACCAUCUGGACGCCGUGCCCUGUUCCACCACCAUCAAUAGGAACCGCAUGGGCAGAGAUAAGAAGAGGACGUUUCCCCUCUGCUUUGAUGACCACGACCCUGCAGUGAUUCAUGAAAACGCGUCCCAGCCUGAGGUUCUGGUCCCUAUCAGGCUGGAUAUGGAGAUAGAUGGGCAGAAAUUGAGAGAUGCUUUCACGUGGAACAUGAACGAGAAGCUGAUGACCCCGGAAAUGUUCUCAGAAAUCCUCUGCGACGACCUCGAUCUGAACCCUCUGACCUUUGUCCCUGCCAUUGCUUCGGCCAUUCGGCAGCAGAUCGAGUCCUAUCCCACUGACAGCCUACUGGAGGACCAGUCGGACCAGCGAGUCAUCAUCAAGUUGAAUAUCCACGUGGGAAACAUCUCUCUGGUCGACCAGUUUGAGUGGGACAUGUCUGAGAAGGAGAAUUCCCCAGAGAAGUUUGCUCUGAAGCUGUGCUCGGAGCUCGGCCUUGGGGGGGAAUUCGUCACCACCAUCGCCUACAGCAUUCGGGGCCAGCUCAGCUGGCAUCAGAAGACCUAUGCUUUCAGUGAGAACCCUCUGCCCACAGUGGAGAUUGCGAUUCGGAACACGGGUGAUGCUGACCAGUGGUGCCCCCUCCUGGAGACCUUGACAGAUGCCGAAAUGGAGAAGAAGAUUCGAGACCAGGACAGGAAUACCAGGCGGAUGCGACGUUUGGCCAACACGGCCCCAGCCUGGUAGCCUGCUGGCCUUGGCGGUGAGGUCUCUGGAAGAUGAGGCCCUCCUUUUCCUCUCAGUAGAAGAGGCUGGGGGGAGGGGUGGAUGCCGUCCCUGGCCCGGGGUCAGGGGAGGUGCAGAAGGGCUUUUCUGGGCUGAUGGGGUUUGUUCCAUGUGUACAGGUGUCCAUGGCACAGCUAGGAAGAUUUUUUUUAAUAAAGAGAAUGUGGGGUGUUCACUUCCUUA